GGUACCCAGCUUUGCCACCCAUUCAUCAUGGCCGAAGCCACCUUGUCCGGGGUCCUACUAUGCCAGCGAUGCUCCCGUCUGCUCUUCAGAGGUGUCCACAGAGGGGUUGGUGGCAGCAGAUGGCACAGCUUUGAUCCCAGCACAAUACAGAGUCCCUAUCUGACCCUGAGAGCGGCGGCCUCCUCCUCCAGGACGGAGAGUGCCUUUAACGUGUUUGACAGAAGUAUGAAACGGAAGCAGAAGAUUUGGGCAGCAUUGCAAGAUAACGCUCGGGAGUAUGACUACCUCAAGGAAGAAGUGGGAGCUCGAGUUGCUGAUCGUGUCUUUGAUGUAGCAAGAACAUUUCCUUUUGCUUUAGAUCUUGGCAGCGGAAGAGGUUACAUAUCACACAAUUUAACAAAGGAAACGGUGGAAAAAUGUGUUCAAGCAGACGUGAGUGAGGUGGUUCUGAAAGAAUCUGCAGUUUCUGAAAUUCCAUCAGUUAAAGUUGUUGCAGAUGAGGAAUUUCUGCCAUUUAAAGAUAACACAUUUGACCUUGUUGUCAGCAGUUUAAGCUUGCACUGGGUGAAUGAUUUACCUAGAGCUUUUCAAGAGAUCUAUCGGGUACUUAAAGACGAUGGAGUGUUCAUUGGUGCCAUGUUUGGUGGAGAAACACUGUAUGAACUCCGCUGCUCCUUACAGCUAGCUGAGCUAGAGAGGGAAGGAGGCUUCUCACCUCACGUGUCUCCAUUUACUGCUGUUAAUGACCUCGGUAAUCUGCUGGGAAGAGCUGGCUUUAAGAUGCUGACUGUGGAUACAGAUGAAAUUCAGGUUCACUAUCCUGGGAUGUUUGAACUAAUGAAAGAUUUGCAAGGUAUGGGAGAGAGUAAUUGCGCUUGGAACAGAAGAAGCUUGCUGCACAGGGAUUCCAUGAUAGCAGCUGCAUCCAUAUACCAAGAGAUGUACGGGGAAGAGGAAGGCUCUGUACCAGCAACGUUCCAGAUAUACUAUAUGAUUGGGUGGAAACCUCAUGAAUCACAGGCAAAGCCAGCCAAGAGAGGUUCUGCAACGGUGUCAUUUGGAGAUCUUGGAAAAUUAAAUGAAAUUGUAUCAAAGUCUAAGAAAGAUGAAAGCUAAACAGACCGCUUUUCACAAUAUCAUUUCUGAGCUGGAUAAUAGAAAAGGCUUUUACAAUAAACGUUUUGUGGAACUCACUAUCCUAAAUAUUUGAGUUUUAUUGUUGCAUGAGGUAUUACUGUCU